AUGAAAAAUUCUGAAGGAUUCCUGCAGGUGGUGACACAGGUGGCAGUACUGGCGGAACUGGAGGAAGCACUGGUGACGCAAGCGGGAGUUCUGGCGGAACUGGAGGAAGCACUGGUGGCGCGGGCGGGAGUACUGGCGGAACUGGGGGAAACACUGGUGACGCAAGCGGGAGUACUGGCGGAACUGGAGGGAGCACUGGUGACGCAAGCGGGAGUACUGGCGGAACUGGAGGAAGCACUGGUGGCGCGGGCGGGAGUACUGGCGGAACUGCGGGAAGCACUGGUAACGCAAGCGGUAGUACUAGCGGAACUGGAGGAAGCACUGGUGGUGCGGGCGGGAGUACUGGCGGAACUGGAGGAAGCACUGGUGCUAGCGGCACCGGAGGAAGCGCUGGAACAGGUACUACCGGAACCGGAGGGAGCACAGGUACAGGUACUACAGGAACCGGAGCAAGCACUGGUACGACGAGUGAAAAAGGUAAGAAUGGUAGUAAAAGUAAGGCAAGCAAUCCAAUAA